AUGGAAUCAGCUUGGAGCUUACAAAAACCUACUAAUAAUAGCAUAGAAAGGACAUAUUUGCCGUUAGAUUUAGUUUUUUUAAUCGAUGCCUCAACCAGCUUGGGCUUGGAAAAUUUUGAAAAAACGUUGAAAUUUGUAAAUAAUAUUACGGUAACAUUACCCGUUUCAUCAAAUUUAACCCGUAUAGCGUUGAUAACUUUUUCAUCAGAAUCAAAGAUAUUUCAAUAUUUUGACCAAAUUUCUAGACCCAAAGCGAAUUUUGAUAAAUGUCAACUCGUACAAUAUCUAAACAGAAUUUCUUAUACCAAAGGAAGCUCAUUUACUUAUGGGGCUUUUAAAGAAGCUAACAAAAUUCUUAGAAAUGCUAGAUCUACUUCCAAAAAGAUAAUCUUCCUGAUUACAGACGGUUUUUCUAACCUAAAAGAUCCGAGACCCCUUGCUAAUUACUUAAAAAAUAUUGGAAUCGAAAUAUUUAGUUUUGGAAUAUGCAAUGGUAAUCAUUUAGAAUUGCGUCAAAUUUCCAGUAAACCCUGGACCUCUCAUUAUUAUUCAUUUCACACCUUCGAUGAUUUAGUUGAGAUGUCUAAUCAAUUACACGCUUAUUAUACGUCAAAAAUCUUUACCACUGUCGGACAUCAUUACCAUUUAGUCAACGAUACUAUUAAUCGUAUGUGUAGUUGUCAAUACUCGACAAGAACCUCCAUAAAAUGUGGAUGCAAAGACCAGCUUAAAAUGUGUUACUGUAACUCCUUCACCGGUGAGUUCGAAUGCCUAUGUCCAAAGGGAAUGUAUAGUGAAGAUAAUCGUACAAUGAAUAAAAGUUUGGCAGAAGAUGCCAUGCACGCUAAUUGCAAAUAUUGUCCCGAAGGAAGUUACAAAAAUAUUCAUGGAAAUCAGAGACAUUUUUGUAAAUUAUGCCCUGGUGGGAGAAAUUCAACCAUUGGAUCUAUUUCAAUAGAUGACUGUAAAUGUCCAGCGUAUUAUAAAUCAAUAAAGGGUGAAUGCACAGUAUUAAAAUGUCCCAAAUUAAUUCUUCCAUCUGACACCUAUUUUGCGCCAGAGAAUUGCAGCAAUAUAGUCAACGAAGUCUGUGGUAUGCUCUGCAAACCAGGAUACAAAUUGGUCGACGGGGAUAAUUUUAGACUAUGUCAACAUAACCUAACUUGGACCGGGAAAAACCCUACUUGUCAAAUUCAAAUGUGCCCAAAACUGUCCAAAAUUCCACAUUCCUCUAUUAGCUGUAAAGAUAUAAAUGACAAGGUAUUGCAGUCUAACCAAGCUGAAUACGAAAUGGGGACAUCUUGUGAUGUUAGAUGCUUAGAUAACAAAACACUCGUUGGCCAAAGUAGAAGGACUUGCCUACCUUUUGGUACAUGGGAUGGCAUAAGAAACUUUUGCAGAGAACAAAGAUGUCCGCCGCUGUCCCCUAUAGAUCAUGGCUAUAUAUUACCCUCAAAUUGUCUUUAUGAAUUUUCUAACACGGGUAAAAAUUGUGAAUAUAAUUGUUUCGAAAACUACAGUUUUCAUGGAAGCCAAUUUAAUACAUGCUUACAAAUAGGAUCAUGGAAUAUUUCAGCACCGACUUGCAUACCUGCUAAUGUUACUAGUUAUUAAACAGAUUCAAAAUAAAAUCACAUUACUUUAAUAUAAUCAAGCAAGUGCAAUAUUGGGAACCUUUAUUCGUAAAAAUUACUAUGCGAUUAGUAUCAUAUACUGAUUCAUUUUAAACUAUAAACAAACUUAAAAUGCAAUUUGAUUUGUAAUUGUGUAACACAAAAAGAAAAAC